AUGAGAUCUGCACCCUCCCGGCUGCCUGUGAUUCGCAUUGCGAACGGCACCUUUCAUCGCCAUCAUCCAAAUUCCCAGCUGCCACACGCCAAUCCGCCCUUGUUCAGUGAUCUGUCCUUCGAGCUGCCAUCCUCGUCACCCCAGCCGCACAAUUGGUGCGUCGUGGGGCCCUCGCUCUCUGGCAAAACGACGUUUCUCCAAAUCCUCCGCGGGCGACUGCUGUGCGAGCCGCCUACUAGUCGAACGUACCCUUACUUAUCCGGCGGAGAGCUAUGUCCGCGGCUGAGAAGCCCGCAAAAUGCCAUCCGGUACGUUGGCUUUGACGCGGAAGCCACGGGGCGUGGACUGGGAGGCAGUGUGACCACAUCAGCGUACCUGUCGGCUCGGUAUGAGUCGAGGAGGGAGACGACUGAUUUUUCUCUGAGAGACUUCCUGCUGGGGAACACCGAACUGAAUCCUCUGAAGACGCCGCCGGCGGGAGGAGAUGAUGAUGGCGCCAUAUCGACAGAGUUGCUGAACAGGGUGGUCGCGGAUUUGCGGUUGGGCCAUCUGCUGGAUUUGCCCGUUACCUUCUUGAGCAACGGUCAGGGAAGACGGGCACGGAUUGCACGAGCUUUGCUGACACGGCCCGAGGUAUUGCUGCUGGAUGAGCCGUUCAUGGGGCUCGAUCCGACUACGGUGUCGGGAUUGAGUCGGCUGUUGCAAUCGCUCGCCUCGAAGUCGGCUCCUAGGCUGGUGAUGAGUGCGAGGCCGCAGGACCCAUUGCCGGAGUGGAUCACGCAUUUGAUACAUCUGAGAAGUAAUUGCCAGGUUGGAUCGAUGGGACCGAAAGAAGCUGUGCUGGACGGCUUGCGGAAGCAUGUUCAAGGAGUAAAGCUGGGCGGGCUUCUGGAAGACGAUAAACUUCCAACCCAUACACUAUCUGAAGUUGGCCGAGUCUUGGGCCCGGAAAUGCCACCCACCCCGUCAAGGGGAAGCCAGGACACCGGGCACGCAUUGGAUCCUGUGAAUCCUGACGCAGAACCGCUCAUCGAAAUGGACGGGUGCCGUGUACAAUACGGGGACAAGGUUGCGCUGGGAAACUGGUCGCAACAGACAGCACGGGGUCCCAGAGACGGCCUCGUAUGGACCGUCCGAAGAGGCGAGCGCUGGGGAGUGUUUGGUCCCAACGGAUCGGGCAAAACCACCGUCGUGUCUCUCCUCGCCUCUGACCACCCGCAGGCGUACUCCAUGCCCAUCAAGCUCUUCGGCCGCAGCCGUCUGCCAGAGCCUGGAUCGGCCGUGAAACCCUUGACCUUCUGGGACAUACAAUCGCGCAUCGGCCACUCCAGCCCCGAAGUCCACCAGCAUAUGCCUCGAAGCCAUACGAUCCGGAAAGUCGUUGAGAACGCAUGGGCAGCCACGUUCGGCACGCCGGCGAAACUCGACGCCAGUGCCAGAGCAAAAGUAGAUGCCGCCUUGCGAUGGUUCACGCCCGAGCUGCGACCCAAUACCGCGUCGACUCUGCGGGGGGACGAUUUGUCAUGGGCGGACGACUACAUGUUUGGCGAAGUGUCCUUCUCCGCUCAACGCGUGGCGCUCUUUCUACGAUGCAUCAUCAGGUCGCCUGACGUGGUAGUUCUAGACGAAGCGUUUAGCGGCAUGGACGACGCAGUCCGCGACAAGUGCGCCUUGUUCCUCACGGAUGGGGAGAAUAAGACGUACGUUGGCGAUGAGAUUGUUCGGAGCGAAGUUGGGAGGAGGGGAGACGUGGUCCUCGAGGGCCUGACGGAUCAACAGGCGCUCAUUUGUAUUGCUCAUAUCAAGGAGGAGGUGCCGGACUGUGUCAGGGAGUGGAUGUGUCUGCCAGAGGCGAAUACAGGGCACAGGGCAAGGUUCGGGAGGCUGGAUGGGCCGUUGAGGGACGGCGAGAGGAGGUGGUUCGAUAUCUGGGGGUUCGCUGCGUCAUGA